AUGGGAGUAGGAGGUCCUGCGGGAGGCCCAGGAGGGAUGCCCGGAGGAGUUGGUGGCGUCGGAGGAGCUCCCGGGCAGAACCCUGGUGCAGGAAGUCCCGUCAUCGGUGGCGGUGGAGCUGCAACAGCAGGAGUAGCAGGAGGGGCCGGCGGCAAUGCAGCAGGUGGUGCGGCGGGUGCUGGAGGAGCGACGAGGAACACGAACUUGAGCGCGUUACAGGAGAUCGAGGAAGCGUACAACAAGCGGUUGGAUAUGGAUGUUGCUCAGUUGAUGGAGUCCUUUGGCGAUAUUAUCAAAACCGCAUCCAUCACCCACAGCGAAUCAUUAACACAAUCAAAGGACAAAUACAAGCUCGCCCAAGAAUCCUACCAGAUUCAAGGUCGGGCCACCAACAUUGUCUCUUCGGCAGAAUCCCUCCUCACCAUGGUGACCGAGCUCAAACAGACCUUGCUCCUAAACGAUACGACGACACUUGCACAACUAUCAACACAGAGGCAACAGGAGCUGUCGAGCCAGAAGACGGCGGUGAAGCAGAGGGUGAUGGGGUUGAAGGAGGAGGUGGAUAAGACGAUUUGGGAGCUUGAGCAGGCUUGUUAUGGAUCUUCUUCCUCUUCUGUUGGUGUUUCGACGACUGAGGAGAGGGUGGUGUAG